CUCAUGGGAACAGCCAGAGAACAGCAGUGGAGGGAGAACGAGAGCAGAGGGAGGAUCCGUCUUUCUUUUCACUAACUCUGGAUCUGAGUUGAGGAGAGACUAAUGAGAAAGCAAUGAGCUGCUCGGAGAUCCUGGACUAAAGUCUUCAGCACAGACGCUCUCGUUCCUGCAGCCUGCAGCAGAUUUACAGCUAAACUAUGACAACGUGAAGUGAGUUUCCCUCUCGUCUCUCACACAAGACCAACAAACUCUCCAGCCAGCCGAGAUGGAGGAGGGAUAUGAACUUGACCUCACCUAUGUGACGGAGCGCAUUAUCGCGGUGUCCUUCCCUCAGGACUGCUUCGAGGAGACAUACCUGCGCAACCUGAGAGACGUCACACGCAUGCUCAAGUCCAAACACGCCGACAACUAUCUGGUGAUCAACCUGUCAGAGAGAAAGCAAGAGCUCACUAAGAUGAACCCGAAGACUCUGGACACGGGAUGGCCGGACUUCCACGCGCCUCCUCUGGACAAGAUCUGCACCAUCUGUAAGGCCAUAGAGAACUGGCUGAACACUGACCCGCUGCACGUGGUGGUCAUUCACUGCAGGGGUGGGAAGGGCAGGAUCGGAGUCAUCAUCUCCUCCUUCGUUCACUUCACAGACGUCUCUGCCAGUGCAGAUCAGGCCUUAGACCGCUUCGCCAUGAGGAAGUUCUACGACGACAAGGUUUCUGCGCUCAUGACGCCGUCUCAGAAGAGGUACGUGUGGAUCCUCAACAGUCUCCUGAGCGGCUCCAUCAAGAUGAACACGUCUCCUCUCUUCCUGCAUUGCGUCAUCCUUCACGGCGUCCCCAGCUUCGACUCCAGCGUGGGGUGUCAGCCGUAUGUGAAGGUGUAUCAGGCGAUGCAGGUGGUGUACGUCUCAGGAAUCUACCGCGUCGGAGCCGGUCACAGAGACAGGAUCUGUAUGGCCCUGGAGCCGGCACAGCUGCUGAAGGGAGACAUCAUGGUGAAGUGCUUCCAUCAGAGCAGCCGGUCUGAGCGAGACGAUAUAUUCAGAGUUCAGUUUCACACGGGAGCGGUUCAGGCCUACAGCCUCGUGUUUCAGAAGGACGACAUGGAGCACGCCAACAAAGACGCCAGGUUUCCAGAUUAUGGCAAAGUGGAGCUAGUGUUCUCUGAUGGCCCAGAACGAAUUUCAGGUUCAGAGCGCUGGCUGAACGGUCCAGAUGUGACCGUCGACUACACCAGCACAGAUUCACUCUCUAAAUGGGACUCCUAUGGGAACAUCUGCAGUGAAGCGGCUCCGCUCCUGGACAGAUAUUUGGUGAAGAGAGACUCCAGCAGGGUCUCCACGCCCUCCAGAUCCCAGCGGAGCCCCGAUCACACACUCUCGGCCAGCACCGACUCCGGCCUCUCCAGCGCCUCGCUGCGCACCGACUGCUGGCCCGUGCCCGGGCCGAAAGCGGCGCAGCCCAGCCAGCAGGAGCGAGUGGAGCUCAAGCGGCUGCUCAGCGGCUUCGGUGUGGACGAGGCGAGCCGAGGCUGUGCACUGACCAUCGGCCCUCCGCAGAUCCAUAUAAACGGACGCUCUCGGCCGAAAGAGCGUGAGACUGACAUCCUGGACGACGAAGUCCUGACCUCGCGGCACGACCUGCACAGCGUGGACAGUCUGGGCACGCUCUCUUCGUCCUAUCACAAGAGCAGCCAGAACUCGCUGCUGUCCGAUGGCUUCGGCAGUCCCGGCCGUACGGAUGAGUCUGCACAGCAGCACACGACGGCCAUGGACGAGUAUGAGCGGAGAGCCGGCUUCGCUCACAGAGGUGCGUCCCUCCCUGUCAGCUCUCCGGGUCCCAGAAAUCUGUUCCAGCACAGCGGAUACUCCACGCAGACGUGGGUCCAUCAGCAGCAGCUGGUCGCUGCGCAGCAGUACUUGUACCUGCCAGAGAAUGACGCCGUUGAGCAGCGCUUCCACAAUGACAUGCAGGAGCUCCUGCCCAAACCCGCCGAGCAGAACAAGCCUCCAGCGAGUCCUGAAACCCCUCAAAGCCAAGAGCCUGACCAGAUACAUGACGAUGAGUUCAGCUCACUGACGCUGGACAUCGACAACUCCAUUCAUCAACUCAACCAGCUCAUUCUGGAUCUGGACCCAACUUUUGUGCCCAUUUCCACCAAAUCCAGCUCACUGAAGAGAGCCAGAGCUCCGGACAGUAACAGUACCGUGCAGAAGGACGGCGGCAGAGAGAGGAGUCAUCAGAUGGAGGACGGUGAUGUGACGGAGCUCAGCGGAGCUCGUGGACACUCGUCCUGGACUCUGGAUCACAGACACACACUGACGCCGAGCGCUGACCGCGAUCCUCACACACAGUGUGCAGCAGUGUUCAGAGCAGACAGAGGGCAGUACUCCUCUCACACUGAACUGGACACUGGCAGUGACGUGAUGCCCACAACACCAGCGUUCCCCAUCUCACCAUCCACUCCAUAUGUGAAGAGCGUGAUGAACUUUCCACCGUACAGACAGACUCCGUCUCCUUCAUUUGGAUUCUAUAGAGCUGAACACGACCUGAGAGAGAACGCAGGGUUUAUGGGACACACGGCUUCAGAUGAAGCUUUACAGCAUCCCGCUGUCAGAGCGUACGUCCAGCCGGCCAUCGGUGACGUCAUGUCCUUCUCCGACAGCUACAGGUCUCCACAGUCCAUCUCUGCUCAUACAUCGGACUCAGUGAGCUUCGCCACAGUGUCUUCUGUCCCGUCACAACACUCCCUUCCUGCUCCGAACGCCCACAGCUCUCCACUCAGCGGUCAGAGAGCCAAAGUCUUCCAGCAGAUGUUUGAGGAAAAGUUCAGCCUGGAGGGACUCGACUUCCAGCCACAACCUCAGAACCCCCUGCUGACGGCGUACGACGGCGAGAACUCGCAGGGUUCGGCGUCCACGUCUCCCAGCGGCUUCUCCAGUCCUCACAGCGGGAGCUCUCUGAGUAUCCCGUUUCCCAGCGUGCUGCCGGAGCUGCAGACCAGAGCCAACGGCGGCUCUUCCCUGCCUCUUCCAGAUGUGCUCUCAAGCAAGCAGUUGACGGUGAAGUUCGUCCAGGACACCUCCAAAUACUGGUACAAGCCAGACAUCGCGAGAGACCAAGCUAUAGCGGUGCUGAAGGACACAGAGCCUGGCUCCUUCAUUGUUCGGGACAGUCACUCCUUUCGCGGCGCUUACGGACUGGCCAUGAAAGUGGCCACAGCGCCUCCAUCGGCACUGCAGCAGGGCAAGAGAGUAGGGGCCAAUGAUGUUUCAGGAGGAGACCCGUCCAGCGAGCUGGUGCGGCACUUCCUCAUCGAGUGCACGCCGAGGGGCGUUCGGCUCAAGGGAUGCCCUAAUGAACCCUACUUCGGCAGUCUGACGGCUCUGGUCUGUCAGCACUCCAUCACUCCUCUGGCUCUUCCAUGUAAACUCAUCAUCCCUGACAGAGAUCCUCUAGAGGACGCUGUUAGUGCAUCUUCACAGUCCAUCACCAAUUCUGCCGCUGAACUCUUGAAACAAGGAGCAGCCUGUAACGUGUGGUUUCUGGGUUCGGUGGAGAUGGAGUCUCUGACGGGUUAUCAGGCGGUGCAGAAGGCCACCAGUGAGAUCCUGAGUGCAGACUCACUCCCGUCCUCCACCGUAGUGCACUUCAAAGUCUCCUCGCAGGGAAUCACGCUCACCGACAACCAGAGAAAACUGUUCUUCAGAAGACACUAUGCUGUCAGCACAGUCAUAUUCUGUGCUCUGGACCCUCAGGACAGGAAGUGGAAACGAGAAGGCUGCACCUCAGCAAAGAUCUUUGGAUUUGUGGCGCGGAAAGCAGGCAGCAGCAUGGAGAACGUGUGCCACCUGUUUGCUGAGCACGACCCUGAGCAGCCCGCCAGCGCCAUCGUUAACUUUGUCUCUAAAGUCAUGAUUGGCUCACAGAAGAUGUGAUGUCAUGAAAAGGGCGUGACCUGUCGAGCGCCACAGGAUCAACAGAUUUCCUCCAAUGAGCUGAAAGCGAGGAUGAUGUGGGACUCUGGGACUGUUUUUGAUCACAUGACAAGCCUUCUGAAACUAAACAUGUACAGUAUUUUGUAUAUUUAUGUAUUGAAAGUGUAUGUAUCGUGUACACAGACUCAAAGGAAUUAUUCUUAUUGAAAAUAAAUCUGGAUAUAUGUGUAUGAACAGUAAUGCUUUUUAAAAUUAUUUGUAUUUUAGAUGUUUUCUACUACUGAUGACAUAAACCAAAAACAUCUUUAUAAUGUCAUUGUGUUUUAGAUGUCUAUAUAUUUAGUAUUUUAUUUACUUUUUUAAUUGCAAAUUUCUAUUUGCCAAGUUGUUUUCUAGAGAAAAACGUCAGAACUGUUUAUACUUCAUAUCUAAAAAAGAUAUGCAUAUAAAAUAUUUUAAAAUCUA